GCAGCCUGAGAGGAGGAGGGAGGGGAGCGGUGAACGCAGAACGAGGUGAUGACAGAGUGAGUGAGAAAGAGACGGAGAGAGAGAGACAAAUCGGAGCAAGAAGGGAGAUCAUUGAGCGUUUUUUCCGUCUUUUCCCCCUCGCUCUUGUUGUAGCAUCCAGAGAGACAGUGGCAUCUGGAAACGGAGGGCAGAAAGCAUAAAAAGAGAAGAGCAGAAAGCAUUGAGUGGGUGGGGCUGGAGGAAGGAGGGCCAGCAGCCAAUCAGCUGCCGCUGUGGUCAUGGAGCAGCCGUCCAAUAGCGUGCAGUGGGUAGCCUGUCCUGCAGGGCAGGCAGCUCGGAUCUCUUAUUAAUGAAUGGAGCGGCUUGGAGGCAGCAGGGUGCUGUUGUCAUCACUCCCGGAGAGGAAGAGAAACAACAAGGAGAGCAGCCUUUUCUGCAAGAGGAUCCUGCAGCCAGACAUGAAGGGCCGCUGCCAUGACACCGAGGACAUGGACCCUGAGCCGGAGCCCGAGACCGAGCCCAAACCCGUCCCUGCGGCCUCCUCCUCAUCCUCCUGCGCCGCCUCCGCUUCCACGCGUCGCUCCAUCUCCAUGGGGGACUUCCGGCGGGUGGGCCCCCAGGCCAGGUCGGAUCCCCCAUCGGCCGCCACCACUGCCCCCUCCUCCAAGCUGGUGACGCCCAGCUCCAGCAUGGAGUUUGAGGCGGCGCGGCGGCGGCUGCUGGAGGUGGAGGAGAGGCAGCGGGUCAUCCGCGAGAUGGAGAGCCGGCUGGAGGAGCUGCGGCAGGUCUUCGUGCGCUCUGAGCAGGAGGUGGUGGAGCACGGCGAGCUGGUGGCCCGCAUCGCUACUGCCGCCCAGCAGGGAGAGCUCUAUGCCGCCGAGAACGGCCAGCGCCUCAAGAAGGGCCUGCGUUUCAAGAAGCACCGGCCCACCAUCGUCUUCUCGUCCAUGCUGGGACUCCGGACGUGCCUGCCCUGGCCCAUGAAGCUCAAGUAGGGCUGACCCCCCCCCCAGCGAGGAGCAAAGGUGCCUCAUUGGGACUGCCUCUGAAACAGGAGCAGCUCCUCUCUCCAUCUUGCUCUCUCUCUCUAAAGGACCUGCUCUAUGUGCCUGCUCAGCCAAAAGGUGACCAACGCAAACAUUCUACCUUUUUUAAAAAACAAAACAAAAAAAUCAUGCAUUAAUUUGACUGGCGGUAAAUGACUUCCAGUGUGAGUUGUCAGAAUACUCAUGGAAAACGUACUUCUGCUGUAGACUUUUUUGUGUUUUGUUUUUUUUCCUUAUUCUCGAUUGUCACAGCCCUGCCCUUGUUGUCUGGGCUGCCGGUGGGAGGGGAGAUGUUACUGGUCUCCCAGGAGAUCGUGACUCAGGUGUCUGCACUGGGACUGGCUGAUGAGGUAACAAGGUAACAGUCUCUACUUUUUCGCUCUUGCAAGUUAUGUAAAAAAAAAUGGGGAGUGUUACAUAACAGUGGAGGCGUACAGCUCCGAUGAGGAUGGGGUCCGGGACACCCCACUUUUCCAAAAAAAAAAAAGUCAGAGAGGAAGCUAAGGAAGGAAGGGUUUCUCUGCACUGUUACAUAAAGGCAGGAAGAAUGAAAGCAAGAGAGAAAGACAGAGAGACAGAG